AUGACCCUCAGACACCCUGAGCGUCUCGGACCAGACGGUGACAAUGAGAGUGAUACAUCAUCUGAAGGGCGUGAUGACGUCCGUGUCACCGUCCACGCCAACCUCGAUCGCGUCUCUCGCAACUCCGUGUCCUCUCUACUACCGAAGAAAGCCGCAGGCGACGAAAACAACAUCGUUCAUCCUGGCUCUACCGACUUUGGCCCCAAAACAUUGACACAAUAUUUGCGGUCUGAGAUUGAUAAGUUGAAAAUUGCUCUGGUAGUCGGAAAGGGCAAAGGAAAAGAAAAGAGAUCUGUACUGCUAGAUGGUCCAGUCCAUGAAUAUGCGUCGUUGCCGUAUCACAAUGCCCAUCCGAGCUUGAUGUCCGAAACAGACGAGGCUGAGGGUGCCCCGAGUAUACGCAGCUCACGGAGUGUUUUCCCCUCCAUUGUCGGCCUACGAUGUGCGGGAGCAACCACAAGUGAGCAUCAAGUUAUGGUGUCUCAGCCAGAAUCCUGUAUGCCGGAAAAUGAUAUUGGACACCUUCCUGGAGAGGGACCCGAUCCACCACUAUUCACGACUCUUUCUGAUCGCUCCAACUCCCACAAUACUGAGAAUCAACAAAUUUCUAACCCGUCCACAGUGCUGAGUUCCACGAGACGUCGAUCGCAACGUCUGGCACAAAAAGAACUUGCUGCGCAAGGUCUAGGGCAAGAUGAAGAUGCCGCUACUCAUCCUCGAGCAGGAUCUCACUCAUUUCCGCCGAUGACACCAUUGCAAUCUCUUCCACUCAGCGACUCAUACAGUCUCCCAUCAGCCAGUCUCGAUGCACACGACGACUCUUCGAAGGCUCAAUUACCAAACCCCGCCCAUACCAUCUCGCAACUUGGCAGUCCCAGCUCAUCCCGGAUAACCAACUUCGAAGAACAUACCAAGAACAAGAGAAAGGUUGUUCGAGACAUGACUGCAAGAUCACCUGAACCUCUAGAGAAUACAUCCGGUCCAUCACGUACGAAAGUACCUCCGAGAAAGAAGGCCCCUCGUUUCAAGGGUGGAACUCCGUCCACCGAUCAAGCGGCGGCAAGUUCCUCUAUUUCCGCCCUCAGUCGGCUUUUCCGGUCAUCUCUGUCCCCGCAGGAUGGCGAUUUCCCAGACAAGAGCACACAUCGCUCGUUCAUCACAGAAAGCACUUCCAUGAGGCCUCCUCGUCUCUUUGCGUCGGAGCGAAAAAACAUCUCCGUGGACCCUGGACGAGGCAGUUCCUCUACUGAACUUGCAACCGAAGGAGAAGCUUCUCAUUCGCUCGAUGGUAACGUUUCGGACGUGCAGCUCUCAUUGAAUGCGCCGUUGGCUGACUCCAAAUCAACGUGCCGUAAUUCGUCCGGUGAAGUCGAGAAGCAGCACAGCUUGGCUCCUCCUUUUCAUUAUGGUGAAGUCGUCCCCGAGCUUAUCCCUGAAAGCGUCAAAAAGGACUUCCUUAAUGCGGCACAACGACACCGCUCAAAUCAGGGCACUGCAUCGGAACAAAACGCCAAAGCGAAAGAAUUGGAUAAGAUGUUUAGAGUGCAAGGAAGUGAGUCAAAGGCAGGCGAGGACUCCUUAAAAUCGACGGUCAAACCUUUUCCUCGCACCUGGAGAGUCUCUCAACCUCCUUGUCUGCGUCCUCACAAUCCGAGAUCUAUUUCAUCCAAGGCUCGGCCGUCAACGAGCGUCCCGCCUACCGGGUUGCAAGAUUUCGGCGUGGAUCUUUGGAUGAAUAUUGCCAGUUUUCUUUCCACCCAGGAUCUCAAGAUCCUCCGUCUCGUGAAUCGCGCACUUGCGCAGUACCUGACUCCAAUUCAGUAUCGAAAUGUGGUGAUAAACUUUGGCAGAUCGUUCUUCGACAUCUCUGGUGGCGACUGGGACGGCAAAUCCGGUUGGCUUCCUUCAAACUCCAUGUUUCAAAAAUACGGAGAGAAUAUCAAUCAAUUUGGCAUCUCGUUCGAAUAUGAUUUGCACGGACUCACCUAUGCCAAACCGAAAGUCAUUGAAAAGGAACAGGUUGCGUGGUUUGGAAAAUUCACCUGGCCAACAGAACAAUACCCACGAUAUCCAGCACUACAGGCAAUUGAAGACCUGGUUGAUCACAAUCGUCCAUUACUAAAGGAAGCAUUCAAACGUGUCACCAAAGCUUCAGAACUUGGCUUGUGUAUUGACAGUGGUCAUGGCUGGCUUGAAGGUCCUGACAUUUCCGAUAUGGCUCUGUUCAAUCGACGGUUGAAUAACGGAAGCAGAGUUUUCGGCAAAACUUUUGAUUCCGAAGAUGUCUGGGCAAGUUUUGCUCGCAAUGAAUACUUCAAAUGGGCUCAGCAAAAUACGAUCAAUGAAACCAUUAAACAUGUGAUGGAGACUCGAUCACCCACACAAGAGUGUGCGGCAAAGGAGAUCAAGUUUUUGGACAACCUCAAAAUCCGCGACAUCGAAAGCUUCAAGUCACAAGUUGCUCAAUAUGAUUUUGAUCCAGAAUCUCACGUUGGUGGAACGCCCAGCAACACUGGACAGGACAUGCAUGGAAACCCGCUGGCACACGUCGCCGUCUUGAUGCAAGCGAAUCCCCCCACUAUUCGCCAACGUCGCAUUGCAGGAAAUCGUCCGAGCUCGACCAAGAAACAGCUUCAAUGGCCAUUAAUCUUCAAUGGUUACAAUCUCGCCGCAGAGACUGGAGGUCAUUGCAACUUCAUUCAAGCCAAGGUUGCCAAUCCCACGUCAGCUCCGUUAUUGCCUGGCUCGCUUACUGAAGCCCAAGCUCAGUGGUUGAUGGAAACGGUCUGGGCACAGCGUGCCUUUCUCUCGGCGUACACCACCGCCGUCAUUACCAACCGGCAAAAUUUUAAGACCAUUCAUACGCUUCGAAUCAGCAAAUUGUCAUCUGGCCUCCUUCCGUCCUUGGAACAGCGCGAAUUCUGGAGCUCCCUACCAGGUUUGAAGAAGUUGGAGAUCUUCAUCAGCCCAGACUGGCGUCAAGAACAUAUCACCGGUGAUCGAUCCUACGCAGUAAACAUGCCUAUCCCACCGGCGAAGGCUGCUCAGAAAUUCACGGAAUUCUUGCGAUUGUAUGUCGUAAAGAUCGAGAGCCUUCACAGCUUGGCCAUCGGCUAUGUCGGUGGUGGGGAACAUGGCGUCGGGAUUUUUGCACGGAAUCAACACGUCUUGCCUGCGCCUAUUAUUGAGGAUCCGAGUGACUGGCUUCAUGAGACCCGAGAUGGGAGAUCCCCGGCGUAUAUGACGAAAUUCGACCAUAUCCGGGAUCUCAGAUUCGAAAAUUGCUGGUUCAGUCCGUGGAUGCUGCUGGAUUUCAUGAAGAAAAGUCGAGAUACGAGUCUUCAUUCACUCACUCUCGAAUCUGUGAGCAUGCUCACUUGUCAUGACGCCAGUAUCGAACAGCCCUUGACGACUUCUUCGAGCAAUCUUCACUGUCACUUCGCUGAAGAUGAAUGGUAUCGAGAAAUUCUCCCAAGCAGUGCCGCUUGGGUUCGAGUCUUGGACGCAAUUACUCCAAGUAUGACCCUCCUUGAGGCCCAAUGUCUCAAAGGUUAUAUUUCCAGAGGUAUUCGGCCCUCUCUGAAAGGUUUCCGAGGUCACAUUCAAAAGAUCACUCUCAACAGCUGUGGUUACGUCAAGAUUUCUCUCCCCAAGAACGCCACCGCUGGAUUCAAUCAAAAUUCGGCGGUCACUCAUCUCUUCACGCCUAUGGAUAGUGGGAUCCGCAUACGCAAAGAGCGAUUCACUAGACCCUUGGUCAAUGAGAACCAGGACCUAGGUGGUGGCGGCUAUCGGCCUCGUCAUCAACGUAACACGGAUGAUGCUGAGUGUUCCAAGCGUGUCAUGAUGAACACAUCUUCUCCCAGCGGUGAGGUAUACCCGUGGUUGGGAACUUUGACACAAUGUAUCCAUCCAAUCGAAAAGCGUAUCUUGGAACAGGCCUGGCGCAUGAAGUUUGGAUGGGGAGACAGUUUGGAUCGAUGGGCUGCUGUCGAAGAUGGAUUCUAUGAAGGCGGCACUGGUCGAUUCAGUGGUGUCCUUCACAAGGACCUCGGCUUCGAAGAUGAUGAUACUAAUGAUGAUUAG